CCCUCCCUCGGAGGCGGGAAAAGGGGCAGGGCGGAACGCGCGCUCCCGCCCCGGGUUCCCGUGUCUGCGCCCCGCCCGCCGCUGCCGCCGCCGCUGCCGCCGCCAUGGACAGCGACGAGGAGACGCUGGAGGAGACCGUGGAAGGGCAUCUAGAUGACGAUGGGUUGCCACAUGGAUUCUGUACAGUCACCUAUUCAUCAACAGACAGAUUUGAGGGAAACUUUGUCCAUGGAGAAAAGAAUGGCCGUGGCAAGUUUUUCUUUUUUGAUGGAAGCACCCUGGAAGGGUACUACGUUGAUGAUGCCCUGCAAGGGCAGGGAAUCUACACCUAUGAGGAUGGAGUAGUCCUUCAUGGCACAUAUGUGGAUGGAGAGCUGAAUGGACCAGCCCAGGAGUAUGACAGUGAUGGGAGGCUGAUCUUCAAAGGGCAGUACAAAGACAACAUUAGACAUGGAGUUUGCUGGAUUUACUACCCGGAUGGAGGCAGCCUUGUGGGAGAAGUGAAUGAAGAUGGGGAGAUGACUGGAGAGAAAAUAGCCUAUGUGUACCCUGAUGGAAAGACUGCAUAUUUGGGAAGGUUCAUAGAUGGAGAAAUGAUAGAAGCAAAACUGGCAACUCUGACAUCUGUGGAGGAUGGGAAACCUCAGUUUGAAGUUGUACCAGGCAGUCCAGUCUAUACUUUUGACAAAUCUACUUCAUCCUGCAUUUCUACAAAUGCACUUCUUCCUGAUCCUUAUGAGUCAGAGAGGGUGUAUGUUGAUGUCUCUCUCAUUUCCAGUGCUGGAGAAGGAUUAUUUUCUAAAAUAGCAGCAGAAGCCAGUACAGUUAUGUCCUUCUACAACGGAGUGCGAAUUACACACCAGGAGGUAGACAGCAGAGACUGGGCCCUGAAUGGAAACACAAUAUCCCUGGAUGAUGAGACAGUCAUCGACGUGCCGGAGCCCUACAACCACGCCGCCAAGUACUGUGCCUCCCUGGGGCAUAAGGCCAACCAUUCCUUCACUCCCAACUGCAUCUAUGACCCGUUUGUCCAUCCUCGCUUCGGGCCUAUCAAGUGUAUCCGUACUAUCAGGGCUGUGGAGAAGGAUGAGGAAUUAACAGUGGCUUAUGGAUAUGAUCACAACCCCGCUGGGCAAAAUGGGCCAGAAGCACCAGAGUGGUACCAGCUGGAACUGAAAGCUUUCCAGGCUGCCCAGCAAAAGUGAAAGGGGAGCAGCUCCUCCGUUUGGCAAACUGAAACAGAAAUUUGGAUCUAUGCACUACCUUUGUACUGAAAACUGGACAACCAGGGAUUGUUCAUGCUGUUGCAUCAUAACUUUGCAUUCUGUGUUAAGAGAUAAGUUUCUUGCAUACUAACUAGGUUUGACCGUGUUACUCAUAGCAGAUUUAAAAUUAGCUAGUGUUGCACCAGUCUUAUCUGGGGAAAUUAUUUAAUAUUCUGUACAAGAUGUGAUAUUCUUUGGUAGCUUCUGCUUUUGCACCAUAUGCAAAAAUGCCAAAAGACUAGACAGAAAACUAAAGUGGGUAUAUUGUUCACUUUUAGUUGGCAGACUUAGUGUUGCUCUCUUAUCUGCCUAGGCAUUAUUGUGCAACUGCAUUUUGCAUAUAUGCCACUUGUGAUGAUAACAGUAAUACUUUGAUAUUCUCUAAUAGUAGCAUAAUUUUGCCUUUUUAAACCUUUGAUCUGAAUCUUGCAAUAGAGCAGCUUAUUUAUUAGCAUAUAGGAGGCUGGGUUUUAAUUCCCCUUCCCUCUUGUCUGAUAAACGUUGUUCUUUCUACAGGUUCUCUUUUGCAGGAGAAAAUCCUUUCUAACUAGUGGAAAGGCUUGUGUGUGUGUGUGAGAGUGCUGUGUGUUGGUCUCUGUGGCUCUCUAAAUAGUAUAGCAACAUGUCCAAACCUAAUAUUUAUCUGGCCUUUACGGCUGGCUUAUUUUAUUUAGUUUGAUCAUGACACACAAACAAAGCUGUUCUUUGCAUGAAGAUUUUCUGAAAGGAGAAAAUGGGAUUCACGUUUUGAAGGACGUUCUGAAGUUCUGAAAGGCAAGCACAUUGCUUGCUUUAGUGUCCAUGAGUUGGGAUGUGUAUUUCACCUGUUAAAUGGCCAGUUAUCAAGGCAAAAAUUCUGGCAAUGGGAUGCUUGCAUCUCACAUGAAUUCUUUGAAAGGAGGUGUUUGUGUUUGAGGGCAGGCUGUAGUAUUUGAGUAAGGAGAGCUGUAUCUUUGGAGUGUGUUCAGUUGAAAAAGAAUAUAGCCUUCUAGCUGUCUUUUAGUAGUACUGGUUUAAGACAUAGUAAAUUAUUAUAGUACGAGAUAUCAAAAUAAGAUUUUUUUAAAAAGAUAUUAAAAGAUUGUUUUUGAAAGACAAUGAAUGUAAAAACAACACUCACUGCUUGUAUUUAGAAACAGCAGUCAGUCUAUGGCUUUGUUGCAGCCAACAGUGGGGGCUUGUGAAUAUUCAUCUGCUGGGCUGUGUUCUGGGGUUUUUCAGGGAUAGGGAAACUGUUGUGCAUCUUUUUCAAUAAUGUACUGAUCCUGCCUGCUGCUGUGUAAGAGGAAAAAAAAAGUGUCAUCUGGAUACUGGAGCCCUUCUGGGACUCUGGUCCUCUCUUUUGGGUUUAGCAGCUUAGGAAAAAACUCAGAUGCAUUUGCAACACUUUCUUUAAAUGUUUGUAGUUUGAAAAAGGUUUGUAUAUAUGUAACAUAAAUGAUUUGGGAAUCAGACCUACCUUCCUACUGCAACACAGUUUGGUUGGCUGAUGGAGUGGUUGGAGGUGUCUGGCUGUCAGGGAGCUGGACAUGGAGAACGUGUUGGGUUGGUGCCUGCAAGUGGAAAGAUGAGGCUGCUGGUUUGCACAGCCUGAGAACCCUUGCUUUGGUACCUCUGCAAAGUUAGGAAUUAUUAAUAUAAGAAUCUCCCUACCUUGAGGCUCUGUUUAGUCCAUGUGGCUGAUCACAAACCUUUUCCAGCACCUUACCAUUGAAGCUUGCACAAAAACCACUCUGUGCUGAUGCUGGGGCGGGGGGCAAGGAGGCUCAGGGCUUUUUGACACUCUUCCAGCAGAGAUCUGAAUGUGAGCUUUGAUACAACCCAUCUUCUCAUGCUGGAGACUCAGGCCACAGCUCUGCUUUUCAUCCGAGGCAGGUGGCUGGCAGAGGUGACAGCUCAGGGACUUGGCUGAGUGUGCAGAGACAACUGAGCCUCACAGGGGAGGGAGAGUUGUCCAAGGCAGCACAGCUUCAGCAAGUCAGCCUCAAAAAGAAAUAAGCAUGUCUUGGUCUUUCCCUGCCUGUGCCUACAGGUCAUUAUUUUGGAUCACUGCUGUUUCAGCCAUUUGCAGAAAGCUGUGCUUCUCUGGUAGGAAGCUGUCUGGUGCACCUUGUGGAUUAUUCUGCCUGGACCAUGAAGUUCACAAAGUCAAGGCUUGUGUUUGAGCACGGGGGAGAGAGGAGGGAAGAUACCUGAUUGAACCCUGCUGUGAAUGGAUGGUGACUCCUUCCACAGUCUCAAUAACCUGCUUUGGACUGCUUGCCUCUUUGUGCCUUCUGGAGAAUCGUGCUUAAGAUGUUCUGAUCUCUAGAGCUCCUUCAGGUUCAUCCCUGAUUAGUCCCCGAUUCCUCUGCUAUCUCCUCCUAACUGUGGAGCUGCUUAUGUUUCAGUAGAUUUGUCAGUCUUCGUGUUGCCUGAUUUUUGAGAUAAAUACAAGAUAGGUGCUCUUUGUUCAUCAGGCUUGAAGGUUGCAUCCUAAAAUGGGAAAAGUCUAAAAAAGGGCACAGAGGUAUCCUCUGUGUGUUCUCAAAAGCUGUAAAUUUGGUGAUAGUGAAGCAGAUUCUCUUGCUCCUGUGGAUGCUUGUAGCCUGGUAGUAUGCCACAGCUGUGGCUCUUGUCUGUGUUAGCAUUAACUGUCCUUUUUCUCUCUGCUCUGUUAUAAUCUUUUGGUCCUCCUAUAGAUCCUUCUUCAGUGACCAACCUUCUAUAAAGCUGCUUUGGCUUGAUUCAGGACCAAGCCUUUGAAUUCUUUGUUUUCUUUUUCUUUGUGGUCUGUUAGGGUGGGGAUGGUUGGGAUGGUUUUAACCACUGGGUAGUGAAAGGGCUCAGGGCUCAGUGUGUCCUCUAGAGGUUUUUGAGAGGUGUGGUUCAAACACAGGUUAGUGACAGAACUCCAAACAAUGCCUUAACUUGGUCAGCGUAUUGCAGCUCAGCUUCUGGGGUUCACUAGAGAGCAAGACCAGCUUAGCAAAACCAGUUAUCAACUCAAGACCCACACCAAAACAGGGUUUUAAUUUGGAGCAGAGGAAGCAGUCGUUUUGCAAAGCAAUCCAUUUGAGUUUGUUGAAUGCACCUGGCUAUUGGUGGGUAUGCAAUAAGUGAAGGAGCUCCACUUCUCAGGCUCUGGCCAAAGACCUGUCCUGUUGGCACAGAAACUGCUGAUGCCUGUCAGCUGAGCAGCUGGCUCUUGGAGUACCCAUCGUGACUGCAGAAUGGCAUAAGACACCCUGGAAAUGUUGAUAUUUUUUUUUUUUUUUUUUCUGGUACAAAUCAGUUCCCAAUGUCUGCCUUUGGUCUGCAGUGCUGCUCGUGGCUCCUCUGUGCUGGUAUCAGGUUGUUUCCUGAAUUCUUUGUGAGAAGCAGCCUGUAUUAAGGGCUGCUGACUGGUUCUCUUAAAAAUCUUGGGUAUAUCUGCCUGCUCUGGAAUACAGAAGCUCAGUUUUCUGGAGAAGCAGUUCAUGUUAGAGACAAGAGAGCACCAGAAGUUAGAGCUGAGAGCUGCCUUCUCCUGGGUCACUCUUGCAGAGAAGAGGGAGAAGGGCUUAGGUCUUUGGGGGGUGUCUCAAGUUGAGUCUCAUGCUAUAAUUUGACCCUUGGCCAUCUACUAAAAUACCUGAGUUAUCUUCAAAUCUGAAAAAGGCUUUUUUUUUUUUUUUCCCCUAGUAAUUAAAAACCCCCUUAACCUACAUAAAUACGUAUCAGUCUGAACUGUUGCAAAAGCCAAAGAAAAUGGGCAAACAUGGCUCUUCAGUGAUCAAAGUGAGAGCUGCAGUAGCCUUCUGACUUUUCCCCCUGUUUCAACAACACCCUCUAGGGUGGUCCAUGCUUUUUCCCAGCUGCAGCUCUGAGGCAACUCGUGCAGGUUUGGAGACCUCUGGGGGUCCAGUUGCUUGUCCUCAGGAUGCUGCCUGUUUCAGGAGUGACUGGGCAGCCUUCCCCCCAGUUCUGCCUCUCCAGAUGCAGAGCUGUCACCAUCCCAGGCUGUUGGCAGUGGCUGUGAUUUCUUUCCUGGGGCUGUUGUGGUGUGGAAGCAAGAGCACCAUCAGGUACUUCUCACCCUCUGCCAGGCAGUCAGGGAGCAGAGAAGCCAUCUGGUCUGAGAAACUGGGAGGUGGUGGUGGGAAUUGCCACUCCUCUGUGUGUUUCCCAGUUGGCAGUGGCCCUGGGGGAAUCCCUGGAUGUGGUUGUUGUCCCUGCCUGUCACUGUUGAUGUCCCUCAGUCAGAACCAGUCCUCACCUCUUUGGUUGUGCCAGGAACUGUUGCUUCUGUCCCGGGGACCUCUGUGAUUUUGUCCUUCCUCUUGAUUUGGAAGUCUUUUUGGAAAACACUGCCCUUGUUAGGAGGUCAGGAGCUGUGCAGAGCCAUUACCUGCUGCUUCAUGUUCCUCUGGCACAGUGGAAUUGCUGGAGCUGGUGGCUGCCUGAGGAAUUCACCUCCAAACACUUAAAAAAAAAAAAAAAAAUUGCUUUGAAAACCAUGUUGCUGAAGUGUCUCCUUACAUCCUGGGGUGCUGCAUCAGAGGUCUGUUCCUCACUCCCACCACUGGCCCAUGCUCAGAGCAUUUGGGUGAGGCCCAGAGUGAUGUGGGCUCCACACUCCCUGUGCCCAGGGAGAACUCUUGUUCCUUCUGCUUCAUCUACUGGAAACAUGAGAACUAUAUUUUUGGACAUUUCUAAGCAGUCUUAUAAGGGAUUUUUUAUUUUUUUUUUUCAUUAAAAGGUGCAAGAUUGAGUGCAUGUUUACUUGCCCCAGAUCAAAGGUUUCUGAACACUGAGGUCACUUUGUGUUGAAUGGAUCCUUCUCUUGAUGCUCUUCUGUCUUCAGGCAAUUGAAGCUCCUGCCCUCUGCCAGUUUUACUGUAACUACUUUUUUUUUUUUUUUUUCCAGGAGAAAUAUAUAUACAAAAAAUUCUAAGCAAUUAAAUGUUCAAGCCAUAAGAUCAUGAAUGUGGGAAGACCCUCUUCACAGGUUUUAACAUAUUUGUAUGUAAAAUGAUGUUUGUAUGAAAUAUUUUCAUGGUAGAAUGAAUAUUUUAAAAAAAAAAUGUUACAGUAAGAUCUAAACCAAAUUUAAAAGGGUGUCUUUUUGUAAGAUGCAAGUGUAACUGAUUACCAAUAGGUAAGUGAAUUUAUUUUUCUUUUUUAAAGGGGAGAUGCAACAAAUGAUCUUUACAAUUACAAAUGAUUGUUCCUGCUCUUUUGGGAAAGUAUUUAUGCAGCAUUACACACGGCUGUCAUAAAUAAUUGCAAUAGCAAGGCCAGUCACAUCUUCAGGACAUACCUCUCAGCUUGUCCCUCCAUGAUAAUUGUACAAAAGGACCUAUCCCUCCUUUCUGCAGAUUUCCUCCUAGAAAACUUUUCCUACUGUAACUGUACUGAGUUGAACUCUUGAGCUAAGAUCCAGGCUAAAAUUGUGUAUUACUUAACAGUUUCUGCUGGGCCUUCUGCUAUUUUAAUACUCUUUAGCCCAUAAUUACUGGGUGUCUCUGUUCUGAAGAACUAAGUGCUAAAGAAUAAUCCUUGGGGUGAGCUUAUACACGUGAUAACAGUUAACCCCGGAGUAUUUAACUUGUAUACAGUACUUGAUAGGUGUUUUAUGAUAUUUGUACUCGAACUAUGAGCCUUACUGAACAUCUGUAGGUUUAUUCAUGACUUUUAAAAAAUGGAUAACUCUAAGAAAGAUGUUUACAUGAAUGAUGAUUGCCCUUCCUUUGAUGUUAUGAGUGAGGUUUUUAUAGUGUGUUUGGGUGUAUGUGCAAGGAAGUAAGAAAAAAAAUGUUUCUGGGGAAAAAAAAAAAAAGAAAAAUUUGUAAUAAGUGAAUUUUAAAGAUUGCUUUAAUUGCGCUAUGGAGGCAGUGCAGAUAUUAAAAUAUUCAACAGAA